AGAAUCUGGAGAGCGAAGCGAUCGAGGAGGAGCUUCUUUCGGGCUCGCCGGGAGCCCGUUCGCAGGCUAAGAAAUAAACGCAUAUUAUUCUUGCACGUGAAGGACCGUGAAGAUUCAGUACAUGGCGUGACCUGUUGCGUGAUGAUGUGUGACAGGUGUCGAAUUUCAAUGAGCCUCGAGUCUAUUUAUCACAUGACAUUCAUAAGCUUUGGAGUGAGAGCACGAUGGCUGCCGGUCUGAAGUACCUUCUCUUCUUCUUUGCCCUUGUUUACGCAGUGCGUUUCUCGGAAUCUCGAUCUUUCGUCAUUGACUACAAAAACGACUGUUUCCUGAAGGAUGGAGAGCCAUUUCGUUACAUUUCCGGGAGCCUUCAUUAUUUUCGAGUUCCUCGUUUUUAUUGGAAAGACAGGCUCAUGAAAAUGAAAGCCGGAGGUUUGAACGCUGUGCAGACUUACGUUGCUUGGAAUAUCCACGAACCAGUUCAGGGGCAAUACAACUUUGAGGGAGAUGCAGAUGUCGUGAGUUUUAUCGAGCUCGCCAACAGCCUUGGGCUUCUAGUGAUCGUCAGAGCAGGUCCUUACAUUUGUGCUGAGUGGGAGUUUGGCGGCUACCCACCGUGGUUGGUGAAGAACACCUCAAUUAUCUUAAGAUCCAUGGACAAUCAUCAGUACACGACCUAUGUGCAGUCAUGGAUGGGCGUGCUUCUGCCCAAACUCCAACCUCUGCUGUACGCUAAUGGAGGACCAAUCAUAUCAGUUCAAGUUGAGAACGAAUAUGGUUCUUACUUCGCCUGUGAUCAUGAUUACCUCAAAUUUCUUGAGCAGUUAUUCCGCCAGUAUCUUGGCAACGACAUCAUUCUUUUUACAGUAGACGGUGAUUCUGAGGCUGACUUACAGUGUGGAACUAUCCCAUCACUUUAUGCCACUGUAGACUUUGGAGCAAGCACAGACCCAGCGAAGGCAUUUGCAGUUAUGCGCAAAUUCUCCCCCCAUGGACCCCUGGUCAAUACCGAGUUUUACCCGGGUUGGUUGGACCGCUGGAGUGUGCCUCACCAAACGCGGCCAGCAUCAAUGGUAGCUAGUACUCUUGACAAGAUCCUUUCUAUGAAUGCCUCCGUGAACUUUUACAUGUAUGAAGGUGGCACUAACUUUGGUUUUAUGAAUGGUGCAGGUUACAACAAAUCUGCACACUUUUUAUUACCAAGCAUAACCAGUUAUGACUACGAUGCACCUUUGACAGAAGCUGGUGAUACCACAACAAAAUUUCGCAUUCUGAAAGAGACAAUUGCCAAGCAUGAGAAGUUGCCAGUUAUGCCAGUCCCUGCUAACACAACAAAGUUUGCCUAUGGUAAAGUUCAAAUGUCCCGAAUAAGGACCUUUCUUGAGGCUUUGCCAAUACUGUAUCUUCCCUUUGGUCCUGUGAAUGCAACUUUUCCUUUAACAAUGGAACAGAUUGGACAGAACUAUGGCUUCAUUGUCUAUAGAACAAAGAUUCCUGAUUCGUUUUACCAGUCUAGUGCCACCUUGAGUGUCAGUGGUUUAUUACGUGACAGGGCAAUUAUCUACGUUGGCCAAGUCCGUCAAGCCACAAUGUUUGGUUAUCCAGGAAACCAAACGGUACCUCUUGACAUUGGAGACUUUCUACAGCUAGAUAUUUUAGUGGAGAAUAUGGGACGACUGAGUGGAGGGACUGAUGAUGCUAAGGGAAUCCUUGGCAAUGUCACCUUAAGUGGAACUAUACUACUGAACUGGCAGAUCUUUCCUACUAACUUAGAAAAUCUGUUCGCAGAAGAUUCUUCCUUUUUACCUCUCUCUGAUGAACACAAGACAGAAUUAUCCAAUAUGGAUGACAGCUUUGCCCCUUCCUUUUUCCAUGGAGAAUUUCUGGUAAAUUCUUCUUCUGACACAUUUCUUCAGCUGCCAGGAUGGAGUAAAGGGCAAGCAUUUGUCAAUGGCUUUAACUUGGGUCGGUACUGGCCUGUAGUCGGUCCACAGAUCACCUUGUUUGUCCCAGCAAAUGUGCUGUCCAUCAGCCAGAAUCCUGCUAGGGUGGUGUUACUUGAACUGGAUAGUGCACCUUGUGAAUUUCCUGAAAACUGCUAUGUUGAGUUUGUGUCGACCCCUUCCAUCAAUGGGUCUGUACAUCCUAUAGACGGAAGUCAGAUAGAAGCUUGAACAAGCUACAAUGUGGAGGCGAGAAACAUUAAAGAAAAGGGCAAGAUCACUAGCCAAGCUGUGAUGUUUUUUUCCCUGUACAUACUAAACUGUAGCAGAAUGAUGCAUGAAAAUGACAUAAGUUAUUACUAAUUAAGAAUUAUUACUACAUUACAAGCUAUAACCUUAUAAAAGUAAACUGGAAAAAUCUGGUGCAUACUUCCUGCUAUGAGUUUGACAGCCGGGAAGCAUGGAAUUUGUAUUCAACAAAACUUAUAAUCCAAGACUAGACGAAGUUAAAUUCUGACAACUAGACCCUGAUUCCCUGUAGAUAUAUCUUAUGUAGGACAUUUGGCAUCAUUUCAGUAGAAUCUGAACUAAAUUACCUUCAAGUAAUGAUUUCCAAUAUUUCUCUACAUUUUGAGAAUUCUUAAAGUUCCCUCUUUAGUGAAAUCAUAUGCAAACUGAACUGUCAUUUGAAACUGUAGCUGAAUUUGAGUAAGUUCAAAAUAGAUUGUGAACACUGUAUAAUAACACCUUUUGUGGACAUUCAUUUGGGGUCCUGUAUCUUGAAAGCAGAUCUUCUUCCCCACUUUUAUGGGCAUUUUCUGUUGUCCAUACAGUUUCCUUAUUAUGGGGAUUUGACUGCAAUACCAUAGGCUGUGUAAGCAAGUUCUCCCCAUAUAGAGAUAGGAAGAAGACAGAUGUUGCAUGUGCAUCUCUAUUGUUAUUGUACUUCAAAAUUAGAUGUCAUUGCUCUAGUUUUUAGAACUUUGCUGUGCUUAUUGUGGCAGUGCACUGUAGGAAUUUGAUUUGAAAAUGUGCUACUCAUUUUGGUCAAUGGUUGAAGAGGAGGAGUGUGUUUAAUACACGAAAUGGCAAAAUGAUGAAAUGGCAUUCUGGCUAGCCUAGAUAGUGCUCAGGUUAGCCUAAAUAUCACUGACUUGACAAUGGUUAGCUUUCAAUAAUUAUCAGGGUUAACCCUUACAGACACUCACAUCCCACAUCGACUCUUACCUGUAGAGCCAUUUUGUUGUGUGACAUUAUUUUUGUGUGUUAAGCAUACCCCAAGUUGAGGAGAUGUGGCUGCCUGAUGGCUCUAGUGCAUUUGACUUCCAGUUGAGAGAGAUCCAGGUUUAAACCUGGCCAGGGUCACUGUAUUCUGUUCUUGGGUGACAUAGUACUUGGACAGUGCCUCCCUCCACCAAGGAGAGUGAAAAUCUUAGGCAGUAACCUGAGAUGGAUUAGCGACCCAUCCAGGGAGAGUAGCUCUACUCCUAGUCACCUAAGUGGAGUUAAACAC